AUGGACGCAAUGGAUGUGGAUUACUUACUGGGUUCAUGGAACUUUGGUGUUAAAUACAACAAAUACUAUCGAGAAGCAACUGGCAAGGAGGUCGAAGCGACCACCCCGGAGAAAAUACAAAUUGCUAUGAGGAAUACCUCAAGACACAAAGUAAACAACACACACGUUUAUUGGGAGGAUAGAGGAGCAACGGGGGUUCGUAGAGUAGCCAUGGGGUCAACAGAAGGAGAAUAUCCAUUCAUUGAGCAACCUUCAGAAAGCAAACAGAACAACGUCGAUGCUGAUAUUUCUCCAUUUCAGCAGAAUGAAGUGGAACUAGCUUUUAAUUUAAGUUACAUUGAUGCUGAGAAUGUCAUUGGAGACUUCAAGCGUGAGCUUCAUGCUAAGCACCGAUAUUGGACGGAACAUCGAACUAAAUAUGUUCCAUACUGGACAUUGUUCCAAGCUUCAGAUUACGGCAAAUCUCGUCUUAUCAAAGAGGUCGCCAAGGACAUUCCCACACUUUACCUUUGCUUACGUCCUGCAGCAAGUACGGGAUAUCCUCUACGAACAGAGAUCAUUGCAAACUUUUUGGAAAAAACCUUUUUUGUACAACUUCGGCAGGAACGAAAGUCACUCACCUGGGACCUACAGACGAGGCUUUGGGGUCCUUCCUUCUGGACUGAGGUUCUGAGGAACAUAGAGAAUUGGAAACAAGUGACUGAAAACGACGUGUUGGAGAUUAUGUCUAGAUUAGGAAGACCACUAGGCUAUAGUUACUUAGAGAGCAACAAGAAAAAUCCAAGACGCCUCAGAAACUUUAUUGAACAUUUCAAAAUCAAGCUCCUUGGGGGAGUUGAUGAUCUGACACGUGCUGAUAUCACCCGCGCGAGCAUCGCCAUUGUAUCUCUCUGGAGAUCUCGUCACAACCAACACUGGCAUCUGACCUUGUCGCAUCACAUGCGGCAACAUGCUAUGCGACAGGGAAAAUCUAUUGGACAAGGACAACUUGGUCAAAGUUCUGAAGACUUUCAACGAUUCAUUGAAGAAAGGUAUUGUGGAGCCUGGUCCAAGUGGGGAACUUAUGGCACGACCCAUUCUGAUUCUUGCAGUCAGACAUCUUAA